UGCAGGUCCCCAUCUGGCCCAUUAAAAAGUGUUCAUGUUUUAAAAAGUCCUUUUAAAACAUGAACACACACGAAUAAAAUCACCGUUUGUUAAAAACAAUGACGUGUCCAAACCCCGGCCUGCUACCCCUCUCAAAAUGCUGCUGGCUACCGGCCUCCAGACAACAGCAUGGUCUGCUGUCAGGGAUCUCUGUAAAAACUGUAGUUUAAAAGCAGCUGCUCGGCCCUCCAGGUGCACCAACCCUUGCCCCCCCCCCCUCCUCUUUUGGCAAAUAAAGCGUGCACUCAGGAACCCAGUGCAACAUAUCCCGAAAGAAAUGUAAAAUAAUGGCUUGCAGUUUUUUAACAGACCAGCCGGGGGCUCCACACACUUGAGCUUGUGGCAGAGGCUGGAUGCUGCCAGGCUGUUGAGGACCAGCCCCCUGCCUCUGUACGACAUGUGUGGCAGCAGAGACCGCCAUUUAUUUAGGUAAUGGUGCUCAACCCGGUCGAAAGCCUUUUCCUGGUCCAAUGAAACCAGACCAGUGUCGAAACCCAAGGAACCAGAGUUUUCCAAAAUAUCUCAAAUUAAUGACACGUUGUCAAUAAUAGAGCUGCCGGGCACACAGUAGGUCUGGGUCCGGUCUACCACCUGGUCCAUCACCUUCUUCAGCCUGGACGACACGGCCCUGGACCGCAGCUUAUAGUCCAUGCACAGCUAAGAGACGGGCCUCCAGUUUCUGAUCUCCUGCAAGUCCCCUUUCUUCAGGGGGAGGGUUAAAGCUGCUCUCCUGGAGCUCAUAGGGAGGGAAGAGCCAUUCAAAACUGAAUUAAAAAUGUCCAUUAAAUCAGUUUAAAAAAGUCCCAGAGUGUCUUAUAGAACUCCGAGGGGAGACCAUCUAUCCCAGGGGCCUUCCCCCCCUGCAUGCUCUGCAGUGCUGCACAACAUUCCUCCUCAGUCAGGGGCCCGUCCAGCUCUCUGUUGGUGUCUUCAGAGACGGUUGGUAGGCCCCUGCAGAACAGAUUGAAAGCCUCCUGGUCCUCGGUGUACUCACUGGUGUAGAGGUCUCUGCCGGAUCCGGCUGUUUCCUGUCAGCUGCUGUGCUCCUGCUGACCUCAGAGCGUGGAUCAGCCGGCCCCGCCUGUUCUUCUUCUCCAGACUGAAGAAGUAUCUUGUCGAUCUCUCACAUACCUGGUGAUGAGAAGCCUUGAGAGGGUCCUGUAGACAAAGCUGCAUGAUGUCAGCUUUCCCACCACUGCUUCAAUGAACUGAAGUCCGCUUUCCUUUCCCUGAAACCUUUCCAGGAAUAAAUACAGACCUCUCUAAAAUGUGUAUCUCAAAGCAGAGCAGUGGUAAAAUACCAAUAUGCAGGUUUGCAUUUUAUAUUGGCAAUAAAGACAUCACAUAAUACCAGGGAGGGGUCAGAGCAGCCAACAGGUAAAAUAGCACACUUCUUAAGAACAUCCACAUGGUGCUUAAAGCAACCAGGGUAACCUCGCCAUUGAUCACACAUCCUCCCUAGUGGACCCGUGUGUAUGUCUCUGGUGUGUGUGGUGCUCUCUCCAUAUAUCUGAUAGACUAUGUGUUGCUACUAACUGUGGCUUUUCUACAAUCAGUAGGUGGUUCCCUAUGGUUCCUGCCUAAAUCAUCGUUCUGUGUGAAAUCACCCCCUGAAAGUAAAACCUUCUCUGGUUCUCACUUAGAGCAGCGCUGAGCUCGUUUCAGAGCUGAACUCUUGCACUCUUUGGAGCGUUUGAUAAAAACCAGAAGCUCAGAGCUCUCACCACCAGCAGCCUGCCCUUUACCCUUUCCUCUGCCCUGUGGGAGUUAGGGAACAGGACUGCCCCACUGCACUGGUACUGCUAAAAUCCCUUUAAACCACCUCCCAUCCCAUUCCCUCCUCCAGUCCGUCCUGUUUAAAAGUUGCUGAGCGUUUCUUGUAGCAUUUACUUUCUUUAAUUUAGCUCAAAGAUGAAACCCCUCUUCCCCACAUCUGUAGCCCCACUGACAUUCAGUGUACACACUUUAAAAUCACUCAUUAAAGCAUGAGAGGGAGAGGAGGGAGACACAGCUUCAGAACAACACGUAUGUUAACCCAGCAGACUGACUGCUUCACAUGAGAGAGAGGGAGAGGAGGGAGAGGAGGGAGACACAGCUUCAGAACAACACGUAUGUUAACCCAGCAGACUGACUGCUUCACAUGAGAGAGAGGGAGAGGGAGAGGGAGAGAGAGAGAGAUUUUAAAAAAUCUAUUUUUAGGAAAAAGUGAUAAUUUUGAAGAAAUUGUCGGAAAUUCAAAUUUGGAAAAACAAAUCUGAAGUUUGAAAGAAAAUCAGAAGGAAAACGAUUGGGAAGCAAGUGGAUUUUUAAAGAAGCUGAUUACGGCCGGAUGAAGGCGGAGUUGGAAUAAAGAGGAAACAGUUGGACAUUUUUAAAAGUCAAAAAGAGACAAAAGUCCAGACAUUUGAAAUCGAUCUUUAAAACCUAGGAGCAGAAGUAUGAUUGGAUAAAGUGUCUGUUCUGCUCCCUGCUCUAAUGUAGAGGCACAGCAGAAACCAGGUCCCAGCAGCAGACCUGACCCUGAACAUCCCCGAGGUCCGGUACCAUCCGACCAUCCACACCCCGACCCCCAGAACCAGAACCAGUCAGACCCAGAGGAGCAGACCUGCUGCUGCACCCCGCCUUCAGGCUAUGCAGGAUCAGAACAGAAACCAGGUCCCAGCAGCAGACCUGACCCUGAACCUCCCCGAGGUCCGGUACCACCCGAGCAUCCACACCCCGACCCCUAGAACGAGACAGACCCUGAGGACCAGACCUGCGGCUGCAGCCAGCCUCCAGGCUGGAGAUAGUAAUCCACCGGCUGUAGACAAGACCCCCCAGACUGGAGACAGGACCCCCAUGGCAGGACCCAGGAGCCCCCAGGCUCGAGACAAAACCCCCCACACUGGAGACAGGACCCUCCAGACAGGACCCAGGAGCUCCGAGACUGGUCCCAGGAGCCCCAAGGCUGUAGACAGGACCCCCCAGGGAAACCCUGCUGUGAAACCUGGACCAAGGGGACAGAACGCUGAGAGCCCAGUUCGUGGAGCUGCCCCAAGCCCAGAGCAGGUCCCGCUGGGUCUGGGGGUUAGGGUGGACCGGCAUGUGGUUGAGAAGGUGGAGGUUCUGACCCGGGGGCAGAGCACCAACCCCGCCUGGUUCACCUGGAGGAAGAAGCGGAUCACAGCCUCGGUGGCUCACAGCAUCACUCACUGCCGCUUCGUCAACGGCAAGAGCCAAGCCCCGCCCAUUUCCUGCCUGGCUGCUGUCACAGGUGAGUCGCAGAGGGUCCAGACCAGAGCCAUGUCCUGGGGGGUGAAGAUGGAAGCCGAGGCCGUCCGCAGUUAUCAGGCUCUGAAGACCGUGGCGUUGGGAAGGUCCGUCUCGGUGCUCGACUGCGGGCUCUUCCUGGACGCUCAGCGGCCCUGGUUGGCUGCCAGUCCGGAUGGUAUCGUGACGGACAGCCAGACCGGCCAACGGCUGCUCUGCCUGGAGGUGAAGUGUCCCUACAAACACAGGGACAGACGGGUGGAGGACGCCUGCAGAGACGACCCGAACUUCUGCCUGCAGAUACAGGACCAGGACGGACGGAUUGCCGGAGAGGCCCCGGUGUAUGUCCUGAAGUCGUCCCACAGUUACUACACUCAGGUCCAGGUCCAGCUGGCGGUGACAGGUCUACAUCAGGCCGACUUCGUCGUCUUCACCCGCAGAGAGACGGCCGUCGUCCCUGUGACCUUUGACCCCGAGCUGUGGGAGGAGACUCUGUCCAAACUGGAGAUGUUUUACCGAGACGCCGUCCUGCCUCACCUGAGAGAUAGGGGGGUGUCCUGGACCCCUGAGCUGUAGAGACACUUUAAAGUCCCCUCUCCUGCAGUGUGUUCUAGAGGUUCUGAAACCGCCAUUGGAUUCCUUUGUUACUUCCGGACCAUGGUGACAUCCCUAUGGAACACUCGCGAUCCUAUUUGCUGGCGCGCGGACACAUUGUACGUGUAGGCUAAGGGGCGGGACAUCUCUAAGCGGGUGAUGCGUGUUGUUAACGUAUCGGCUGCCGAACAAGCGGAGACAGAAGUCGUGUUCUGGCCUGUCUGGAUACCGGAUGCAAACCGUGUUUAAGAAGAGUUUUAAUCUGUUAUUGACGGGUCCUUCAAUUUACGUCCCUUAAAGGCCUGGAUUUAUGGGCAGAAUACAUACUUAUUCAUCAGAAACAUUGAAGAUCUUGGAGAGAUGUUACAGUAGAGACACUCACACACUGACCAGCAGGGUCUCCUCUCUUGUAACGUCUAAUGAAGCCAAACAGUCGCGUAGUUUUGUCCUAUCUGGAACCUCUGUCGCUCUUAAGAUACAUAGUUUGUCAUUUCAUUUGGAGGAUUUGUUCAUACGGAAGAAAGAAAACUUUCUCCAUUUGAGUUCUUUUCUUGCUCAUUUAUAACAUUGAAUCUGCUGGAGCUGUUACCUCCGCGACCCUGACGGAAAAGCGGGAGAAGAUGGAUGGAAUCCGAGAACUGAGCUUUAAUUGUUUGUUACAUCAGGUGAAUAAUCUGUAUUUUGAAGAGUAUUUUAAUAAAGAUUUUAUAACAUCUUUA